AAAAAAGAAAGCUCAAUAUAAACACAAAAAGUUACAGAUCUCACAAAUCAAUUCAGAAGAGAGCUCUGAAAAUCAGAAACCAGAAAGAAUCGAAUCCAUUUUUGGAACAAAUUGAAAAGGAUUCGAUCAAAAUGGUGUACAGUUCUUCAUACACUCCGACGUACUACACUUCGCUCCAUGAUUCCAUCACCACCCUCUGCAAAUCCAUCAUCCCCUUCUCCUUCAAGAAGCGGCGGCUGCCGGCCAUCGUGGCGGCGGAGCAGCGGCUUUCGAAGCAACAGUCCGACAACCUGAAGUGGCAGCAGGAUUCGUUUCACCAGAUCCUCAAGCUGAUGGGUCUUUGCAAGGAGGGAAUCUUGCCUGAGGAGGAGGUCUCGGCUUUCCGGUGCCACCUUCUCGACACUCUGGUUGUCUCGCCGGCCGAGCAUGAACAGUCUCUGAUUCUCAGAGAUAAGUUGGUCUUCUUGCAGGAAUUGCUAUAUGCAAAUUGUAUAUCAGAGGAAGAGUACCACUCGUCCAAGAGGCCUUUGUUACAGAGACUUGCAGUUCAGGGAGCUGAGAUUGAGGCAAGAGAUGUUGUAGUUGCAGCGCCAAAACAGAGUUCAGAGGAAGAGUGGUCAGUUAUCGACUUGAAGGAUGAGCAACGGAUGCUUACUCGAGAGAGCUCAAGCUCAAAAACCAAAUCGAAGCCCAGUUCAGCCAUGAAGCAGAUCAAAGGAGCAGCAUCGAUGUUUGGCUUCACAUCAUCUUCAGAUAGAACUGUCAAAGGGAAGGAAAACAAGGCUUUGAUCGAUCCUGAAGUCUGUUUCUCCAGGGAAAACCCCUUCUGGGAUAGUCAUCUGAUGGAGAGAGAGAGUGAAACCCGGUCUAUUCUCAUGGCAGAGAGCUUGCCACUGGGGUCCAUGGAGGUAGGGAGCAGGAGUGAGGGGGAAAAGGCGAAGAGGAAGCCGUUCAGGAAUCUGUUUCAGAGGGAGCAAAGAGAUGGACAUGAAAGUAGUAAUCUGGGGCAGAGUUCUGAAGAAAAUCUGUCCAAAGUGGCGAAGAAAAACUGGGGAUUUGAUGGGUUCAAGAAGUGGAAGAGAAGUGAUCCAGAGGAUGAAACAGCUCCUCUGCCUCUUGCUGAAAGAUCAGACGAUGAGGCAUUCAAGCUUGUUGAUAAUGCCAUUGGAGAGGGGCCUAACACUAAACACAUCAAGAAAAACUUGCAUUCCAAUGGCUCACCAUCGGACUUCUUCAUUGAUAAGGUUUUGGGAGAGAAGAUAAAGAAGGAGCUGUCGCGAAUCCAGAUUGAGCUGAAUGCUAAAAACCCGAAUCUUCAGUUCUCAAACGAUCAAAUUGAAGCUAUUUCAACCAGGCUCCCAGUUGACAAGGCUGACCUGAAAAACUUCUUUCCCAAGUCAUGGUGUGAUCGAUAUGGCGAUGUCGUGCUGGAUGUGGUGAGAAAAGAAUUUAAGGAACAUGUCGGAGAAAUGGGAAAUCUGCGAAAGCAGAACAGCUCAAGAAGAUGGGCAAAAUUUGACGAUGAAGAAAAUAGUCACCCAAAUCAUUUUGCUUCUCAUCGGGAGGGAAAAUAUGGCACGAUGAAGGAUGACCAUACUUACAGUGGGUUGAAGCAGAGCUCUGAAGCAGCAUUUCUCCAAGACCAGAAUCCCUUCUGGUCUGCAGAGCUUGGUUCUUCCACGCCAAAUUAGAUGAGAAUGCUCCCUACUUAACUAUGAAGAACAUUGUUCUUCAAACCUGGUCCUCUUCUUAUUAGUUGUAUUCCAGCUUGACUGAUAUAUAAAAUUCCUCUUCUUAUUC